AUGCCGCGCUCUCUCAUCGUGCUGCUGACGUACGACGACCCGGAGUGCGGCGGGGCCGCGGACGCCCUUGUGGAGCACUUGCAGCGGGACUGUGCUGUGGUGGGGGACAGGUGCCAGCUGAUGGUGAAGCCGAUAGCCAUUUUGCACGGCGUCUCGCACCGGGACGCGCUGUACCGGACGCUGCAGGACCUCUUUCAAGUGAAACCUAAGGACAUUUACGUCAUCACCUUUUUAAAGGAAAACAACUUUGAGGAGUACCGCAAGGUUCGUGAGCUUUGCAACGGGGUGAAGCCGUCUUGCAUCAAACAUCAGUUGUUGACGCAUGUGGCGAAUUAUAACGAUGUUGGGCUUAUCAUACGGAAUCUCGUGCGACUGGUACUAGAAGAAAUGCGGAAGGAGGUGUGA